AUGAAUACAUUUGGACCCUACCCCCAGCAAAAACAAUUCGUGCUCUGUUUUGAUGGCACAGGAAACAAGUUCGCUGGUGAUGCGUCCGACACGAAUCUCCUCAAGAUUUAUCGCAUGUUAGACCGAAGCCAAAGCCAUCAAUACCACUACUACCAACCAGGGAUCGGAACAUACGUAACAAGCAACUCCUUCGGCGGAAAAAGCAGAAUCGAACGUCUAAAGUCCUCCUACAAGAAAGCCAAAGAUGCAGCCUUGGGCUCCUCAUUCGACGAACACGUCUUAGGCGGAUACAAAUUCCUAAUGCGAUACUACGACCCAGGCGACAAAAUCUACUUUUUCGGAUUCAGCCGAGGCUCGUACACCGCACGCUUCCUUGCAGAGAUGCUAGACUUCAUCGGCCUCCUGCAACCAGGGAACGAAGAAAUGAUCCGGUUUGCGUGGAAGACGUUUGCAAAGUGGCAGCAGCGACGGGAUACGACGGAGCAUGACCAUGAAGAGAGACACCGACUGUUUACAUUUAUGAAAGCCUUCCGGGAAACGUUUAGUCGGCCUGUUGGUCGGAUUCGAUUCUUAGGGUUGUUUGAUACGGUGAAUAGUGUGCCUGUUUUUGAGAAUGCCUGGAUGGAGAGGAGUAAGUUUCUGUAUACGGCGCAGAGCUCGGCGAGGGUUAUUCGGCAUGCUGUUUCUAUUGAUGAACGGCGGGCGAAGUUUCGGCAGGAUUUGCUUUACGAAAUUAGACCUUCGGUGCGGAAGUCGAGGCAUUCACUUGGUUUGAGACAUAUUUUGUCUCAUGAGGAGGGGAGUGAGAAGCUUGAUGUUCCUGAGAUUGUGUUAAACGGUCCCGAGAAUGAGAAGGAGACGUCGCGGAUUCCGAGACGUGGGUCUAUGAGGGUUCUUAAUGAGGGACAGAGAUACCGUGGACAUACUCCUUCGCCUAAUAGGCAUGUUAGUAUCGAAGGGUCGAGGACUAGAAACUUGCUCGGUGACGGAGCUUCAAUGAGAAGUGGUGUCUCCGGCGUCUCUCUUCAACCUUCACAUCUGGAUGUACCAAGCGAGACCGGCGAGGAUGACAACGAACAGGAUGUGGCAGAGGUGUGGUUUCCAGGACAACAUGGUGAUGUGGGAGGUGGCUGGGUCCUCAAUCCAAAAGAUCCCUGGCCUCUCAGUCAUAUUCCACUGGCGUGGAUGGUCAAGGAAGCACAACUAGCAGGGCUUGAGUUUGAUCCUGAAAAGCUCGAACGAUUCAAUUGCCGUGACGAGGCAUUCGAAACACCGCAAGCUUCAUAUGAAACAAAACCAAAUAGGUACCGCGACGUACUCCAACAAACAAUGGACCAGGGCAUCGUGCAUGACACCCUCACAUAUGGAGGUGGUGUAUCAUCAUUUUCAACAUUUUCAUGGCGUUUGAUGGAAUAUCUGCCUUUCCGAAGGAUGGAUCUACAACCCGAUGGAUCGUGGAAGCCAAUUCGUUGGCCACUUCCUUGUGGAGAGGUACGUGAUAUCCCUGAAGAUGCUCAGAUCCAUAUAUCUGCUAUACAUCGGAUGGAAAUUGAUCCCACAUAUCGACCUGGGAAUCUCAUCAUCGGUGGUGGUGGAAGGGGUGUCAAACGGGCUCCUUCAAGAUACGGAAUUGGUAAUUGGCAAGUUUGUAAGCAUGAGGGUGAUUUGAUUAGACAGACUUAUGUUCGAAAGAUCGGGGAUCUUUGUCAGGACGAUCAUUCCUAA